GACGUCUCGGCGCUCCGUCAGAUUGUGUUGAUGUUUUGUGGACCUGGACGGAUGUCGAACGAGACGGUUCUUGUUUUUGUUCAAGCAGACCGCCGAUAACGAGCCGAACCGAGUCCAAUCCGCUCGUUUCUAUUCGUUAGAAGCCUCAGCUCGGUGUUCAGAGCCGAGCCACCGGGCCGGAGGGCGAACACACCGAACCGUUUGAUCCAGAAAGGGAGGACUCGUCACCCUCUGACCCCCUCCCUCCCUGCUUCUGCCUUCCUCACACACACACACACACACACACACACACACACACACACACACACACACACACACACACACACUACGAUGACGAUCCUCCCGAAGAAGAAGCCCAGCUCCGGGGUUGGCGUCUCGGACCACGCCGAUGACAGCGACCGUCGAAGCGGCUCGGACCCUCACCAACACCCGCACCCUCAUGCGGGGCGGACCGGAGCCCGACCGAGGGCUUCCCCUCCGCCUUGGUCCUACCAGCCCGCUCCGCCCUCAGCGAGGGACGACCGGCGAAGCAUCGAGGCGAGCUCCCGGCCGCAGCAGGCCUCUCCGCCGCCCGUCGGCUCCGUGUCUCCGGUAGGGCCCGGUGACGGUCGGGACAGCAGCGGGGGGAUGGUGGCCGGGUCCCGGGGGGAGCUCGUCGUGUCGGCGGGCGUCGUCAGCUGCGGCGGCGGCAUUGGGAGCUGCUGCUCCGGGCCCGGGCUGAGCAAGAGGCGGCGACAGGCGGGCACCUGCUCCGGCGGGGUGGUGGCAGCUCUGGCAGGAGGAGGCCAGCCCGGGGUGACCGGACCGGGAGGAGUGGGGUCCAGCCAGGACACUGAAGAAGGAGCCGGGAACAACAGCGAGGAUGAGUACGAGAACGCGGCCCGGCUGCAAUCCAUGGACCCGGCGACAGUGGAGCAGGUAGGAAGCUAAUUAGCAUUAGCUUUAUAAUAAUAACAUUAGCAACAUGCUAUCGAGGAUGCUAAUAACACGAGCUGAUGUUAGCUCAGGUAAAAACAGGGACAGGUGCGGGACAGGUGAGUUUACAUGAGCUUUAAUAUGAUUCAAUGUCAGCUGAUCAGAGUUUUUACAGUAAACAGAUAAUAUGACAUCAAUGUCAGAGGAAAUAAUUAUAACACCCGUUUUUAAACACCUGUGGAGAGCAGGAUGGCAAUUACAUACUAACACUAAUAACUAGGGAUGCACCGAUCCGAUAUUUGGGUCGGAUAUCUGCUCCAAUAUUGACAAAUCAGCUGGAUCGGAUAUAUGGUGAAUGACGCCGAUCCAGCUUUCCGAUCCCGCCUUUUUUUCUUUUAAUUAAUUGUUCUUUUAAUACAAGUCUUACUUCUUUUUGCUGUGUGCUAAUGUGCAAUUUUUAUUUGUUGAUAAAUAACAUUUAGUAAAUCUAUAUCUGUGUUGUUUUGUUACGUUUUUUAACAAGGCUAAUGUCAAGCCUGAUGCCUUCACUCAUAGGGCAAGGUAUACACUUCAUUCCUUCAACAGUCGUAUAGGAUGGGUGUCGGAUAUUGGCUGAUUGGCUCAGCCCAGGUAUCGAUAUCGGAUUGGAUCGAAAAAAAAAAGAUCGGUGCAUCUCUACUGAUAACACAUUUAAGAAGCAGAUGACAACAGUCAGGUUAUAUAAUUUUAUAAUAAGUGCUCAUUACAAUCUACUUCUCAGCCAGUCACAUUUUUUAGUUUUAAUCUUAAUUAAUGUUACAGAAAGAAAUGCGGUUCUUCAAUAGAUUUCAGAACAUAAUAAAAAUGAAUAAAUAAUAAUAAUAAUAAUCAUUAUUAUAAUGUUUAUUUACAUAGUACCUUACAACAUCCAGAAGGUUGAACAAAGUGCUUUACACAGUCAAAUACACAAAUACAGGAAAAGAAAAAACAUGAUAAGGGUCAAAUGUCACAGGAUAUCAUAACAGUUAAAAGGAAAGAGAACACAGAAACGAUCAAUUAGCAAAUGACACUAGAUAUAAAAAGCCUGUUUAAAUAGGCAAGGUCUAAGAUGUGUUUUAAAGAGUGCUUAUUAAAGAGUGGUUAUUGACAAAAAGUUAUUCAGGGGUUGAAGAGUUCCAUAAUUUUGGUGCUGCUAUUGAAAAGGCACGAUCCCCCCACUGUUUAAAAUCUGAAAAAGGAACCUCCAACAGGGGUUGUUCUGAGGACCAGAGGGCUCUACAGUGUCGUCUAAGCGUUAUUCAGUCAGACAGAUAUACUGGAGCAAGACCAUGGAUGACUUUAAAAACAAACAUCAAAAGUUUAAAAAUGAUCCUGAAUUUGACCGGGAGCCAAUGUAGGGAGAGAAGAAGGGGAGUGAUGUGACUGUGAUGGGGGUGUUGGUUAAAAGGCGUGCUGCAGCAUUUUGUACCAGUUGGAGGCGAGAGAGAGAUGAUUGCUUGAUACCAAUGUAUAGGGAAUAAUCUAUAAUCUAACCUGGCACUGAUUCUGUAAUUUCAUUUAUAUUCAGUUGAUUUGACAUAAACACGAUUUUAUAAAAAAUCCAGUUUUUAAUUUGGGAAACGGAGAUUUAACACUGACUUUAGCACCACCUUUAGAUAAUUUCUUUUAUGUUUCUUCUUUGUUUGUUUGCAGACUCUUAAUCCAGUUAGUCCAAUUAAAUGAACAUAUGAAGAAAUAAGUGUGUACUGUAAUUUUACAGACACAGAUGAGGGUUAUUGAUCGAUCUUUCUUCACUCAUGAGCGACAUAAUAAAUAAUUUUUCUCUAUUAUGGCAAAUACUCUGUUCAUGGCAGUGGAUAACUCCACCAAGUCCACACAAGUAACAGAAACAGGGACAGGUGAGUUAGUAUGAGCUUUGAUAUGAUUUAAAGUCAUCUGAUUAGAGUACUUAACUGCCUUCAGACUCUGAAUUAAAUGUAGAAACCUAAAACAGAAAAUAUGAAAUCAAUGUAGUUGGAAGAUUUUUUUUUUUUUAAUUAUCAUGUGAUUGACUUAAUACGUAAACUGAGCACUUCAGAAAUUGGCCCUUUAAAUGAUACUUGGACGGUCAGCAAAUCCUCCUGGCUGCUUCGCUGACAAGAACCAAUCACAGGCCAAACUGCGUUCCAUUAUUCCAUUAAUGCGCACACUCUUCACGUGUACUUGGAGUACUUGGAGAGCCUGUGGUAGCAUUGCAAAGCUGCGAGAACGAGAAGCAGGACUUAUCCACACCGGUGUUGUGCCGUAGAAUGCACCCCUGCGGUAGAAUGCCCCCCUGACGAGAGCGCGGUUGAAAGUACAUAACAAGGCAAAAUAAUCCAAGUUUUCCUUACCGUUGGACAGAUUCAAAAGCAUGUGCCUUUAAUGAUUUCAUUCAGGUUAUUCAGAUAAGCCGAAAACAAUAGCCCUCUGAUUCAGAAUAUUUGCUGUCCCGAAAGUAUAUGGUUUUCUACCUUGACAUCUUACUGUACAUUUUAUAUACCCAAGUACACCUCGAUAUGUGCAUUUUUGAGACACAUUAAAACAGAACGAAAGUUUGCUAGUAGUAGGGUUAGGUAUCGAGGAUCGAGUAUCGAUGUGGACCGGGACUAAUAUUUUGAUUCUUCCGGUAUCGUUCAAAUAUUAAAAUUUCGAUUCCAAGUUUUGAUGCCGGAGUCCACUGACCGGAAGAAAUAGCCGCCGAACAUCAACGACGAAGACGCCGCUUGACAACAAAGAGGACGGAGCGUAUGAGACGAAGCCACACAGAAAGUGAAGAGAGAUAAAGAGUGAAAGUACAUUGCAACCCACAGCAAUGCAGCCGCUGUGGGUUACAAUGCACUCUCUCUCUCUCUCUCUCUGUCUCUCUCCUCUCUCUCUGUGUGGCUUUGUCUCACACGCUCCAUCCUCGUUGGUGUUCGGCGGCUUCUUCAUUGUUGGUCAAAAGUUUGACUAACUUUAGCUGGAAGAAUGAACUCUUAUCUCAAUGCAACAUUAGCAAUACAGUUAUAUUAUGCAAAGGAGGGUAAACGACCAACAUGAUUAAACACCUCAGGAUUCAUGAAGGAGAAAUACCCGAUUGCUCGUCUUUGACGCGCUUCGCCGGUGUUGUGACAUAGAAUGCACCCCUGACGGGAGCGCGGUUGAAAGUACACAACAAGGCGAAACAAUCCAAGUUUUCCUUACCAUUGAACGGAAUCUAAAGUGUGUGCCUUUAAUGACUUCAUUCAGACUAUUCAGAUAAGCUGAAAACAAUAGCCCUCUGAUUGGGAAUAUUUGCUGUCCCGAAAAUAUAAUGUUCUCUACCUUUACAGCUUACUGUACAGUUUAUAUACCCAAGUACACCUCUAUGUGUGCAUUUUUGAGACACAUAAAAACAAAAAAGUUUACUGCUCCAUUUGACAUGUUUUCAUGAUCUAAUACUCGUGUUUUUUUUAAAUAUGAGAUCAUUGUCUUCCACUAAGAAGCUAAUGAGUUGAGGGGAGGCAUUCUACGGCAGGGGUGCAUUCUACAGCACAACACCUGUUUUCCGCUAACCAGUCAGGAUAAGAUAAGUGAAACAAUAAAUUACUUCUGUCCUCUGCUAACUUUGAAGCGGUAAACAAAUUGUACUGUGUACGGUGGGUCAACUUAAAUAUCCAACUAACAUUAGCCCUCAUACUUUUUCAUAGACAAACGACCUGACAACAAAAAUUGAUAUUUAUAUACUGGUUGAAAACAGCCCUGUGAGAAAUUCAUAGUAAAGUUCUUAAAAAGUUAAUAGAAUUUGAAAAUUCAUGGAGAAGUUCAGAAAUUUCAUCCAAAAAGAAGAGCUCCGGUUAGCACCCUCAUUCAAACUAUGCUUUUUUUUUUUUUUUUUUUUUUGAUAUCCUGCCUUUUAAAAGAAUCGAAAUACAGAAUCGAUGGGAAUCGGAAUCGGAAUUGGAAUCAUUCAAAAUCAAACGAUACCCAACCCUAGCUAGUAGUCAUGAUCCAAAUACUCGUGUCUUUGUAAAAUAUGAGCUAAUUUUCUUCCACUUUAAGAAGCUAAUGAGUGGAUGGGAUGCAGGGGUGCAUUCUACGGCACAACACAGGGGACAAGGCAGACCAGAGCGUAGCGUACACAUUUACCUGCAUUUACCAGCAGAUUGAAUUUGGUGAGUAAUGUUUUCAGUCAUUUUCAUAUUUUGUGGUAUAACAAAGUUACAGCCUUUCGCUACAGCUUGCGUCGAACACUGCCAGAGCUAGCCAAAUCUCCGGUGAAAAAUAGCUCCCGUUUGCUAAAUAUUAAGUUAGCGUCAAGCUUGUGUAGUUAAUGGUAACAUAAAAGAAGAAACACAAGCUUCUUUCUUAUAUCUCUGUAAUUGGUAUUUCGGGGACGUGUGAGGAUAAUAUUCACGUGAGGGGCUGAAAAGGCUGAAGGUGAAGUGGUAAACUCUAGAACUUGUUGUCCUAUGCUUUGGCCCAUGCUUGAAGCCUUUUGUGACAAAAUAAAAACAUGUGAACCCUGGUCUUUUUAACACUCCUUUUCGCCACUGAUGUUAUUCAUUGAUUCAUUAAAACGUAAUGGUUUUAAACCAUCUAAAAUAGCGAAAGCGGGCGUCUCGCGUUUACUGCUCUGGCUCCAUCCGUUGACAAGACGGGGCGUCAGUUUUUUUCGGCGCGACAUUAGCAUGAGAGAAGACAAGAGGGAAGAGUGUGUUACGAAAGGCUUGCAGUAUGUUUAGACCAAAAGCUACUAAAGCUGUUGUGUAAAUCGCUAUGUUGCUAUUAUUUUUAUAUGGCUGUCAAGAAACUGGGAAAGUGAGAAGCAGGCAAGGCUGAGGCAUGUGGCCACUCAGUGUAAAAGGCCAUGGAGACUCUGGUGGCCCAGGCAAAAAGAAAAAGUGAUCAAUUGGACUUGGUACUGGAUCUAUUGGAAUUGCAUGUAUUGUUCUCCAGUCUGGCAGGGCAUACAUUGAUCUAAAGUGCAGGAUAUUAAGUCUUUAAUUUUUUCUUUCUGUUUUCUUUUUUUCUCUUUAAAUUAUUGUUUAUGUGGCCUUGUACAAACAGUUUUGAACACCUCUCUCUGACUCAUCUAACUCAUUUAGCUUCUGUGAAAGUAAACUUUGUUUCUAAAUAAAAUAUGGCCAGCACAAGAUGUGUGUGUGUGUGUGUGUGUGUGUGUGUGUGUGUGUGUGUGUGUGUGUGUGUGUGUGUGUGUGUGUGUGUGUGUGAGUGAGUGAGUGAGACUUGGAGUGUUUUUGGCGCCUCCUGCAGAUCACCGAAACACAAUGUGGGUGGACAGAGCUCAAUAUUUUGUUGGGUUGUACAGUGUACCGGAACGUAUUUCCUCCGCACCCUUCUCACCUUUUCAACCCCUGACCCAUUUUCAUGCCUGUUUAAAGCAUCUGAACUAAAAACAAAAAAAUAUAUAGAUUAGUUCAACAUUUUAUUAACAUACAAAGUAAAUAACAAAGCAAAUUGAAUAAGAUACACUUAGAAAAAUCUAAAAAAACAUUUUAACUCAACAGAACAACAAAUGUAGAUAAUACUAGAUAAUACAGUGUACAAGUGUACAACACAAGUGUUUUUGCAGGUAUGUAAGACCCAAAAUAAACAAACCGCCCCCUCAGGGAUAAUGAAGAUGCUUUAAAAUGUAAACAUUAGGUGAUGUAAACGUAGAUGAUACGCAUACCCGCCAACAUUUGGGUUAUAAAAUCCAGGAGUUGUUUGCGGCGCACGCUGGGCAGUUUUGGGGUGACCUUGUAUUAGUGCUGGGCGAUAUGGAAAAAAAUGUAUAUCACGAUAUGGAUCAUUUUAUAUCACGAUAACGAUAUAUAUCACGAUAUAGCUAUGGUAUGCUUUCAGUUCUAUGAAAAAUGUAAGUGUAUACAGCUGCACUAGUACAGUGCCAGUACAAGACCAGCACUUAAAACUAGAAAAAUGAAUAAAUAAAUACGUGGCUGAAGUGCGUUCAUGUCUGUGCUCACCCAAAGUUAUGCAACACUCACAGAAAACGCCGAUAGUGUGAGCCAAAGCACUCCAUAAUAAUAAUAAUAAUAAUAAUAAUAAAUUUAAUUUGUAAUGCACUUUACAUUUACAAAAAAAAAACAUUUACAAAAAGUGCUACAGUACACAGUAAAAAAGAGCAGCAACAAUAAAAAAAAGCAAUAGAAUGACAGUCAUAGAUUGGCAUAAAAAAAAUAAAAAAUAUAGAGUUGCAAUGUAAGAGGCAAGGUAGUAAAAGCAUAAAGCAUAGAGGAAAACUAAUCAAAGGCUUUAUUAAAAAGGUAGGUCUGUAGGGCUCUUUUGAAGAGGUUGUUCACACUGCUAGAUGUUUCUCCCCCAAAGCUGCUCUCUGCCUCCAUCAUUGUUUACUUAUUCUUGAAGCACGUAGCAAGACCCGAGCAUGAAUCCGAGCGGUUUAUUCGUCUAUCAGGGGCAGACAGGUAAGGUGAUUUGAUUCGCCACGACUUCAGAAAUGAUUGAAAAACUACAGAAUGUCACAAAAUUACGUUUCCUCGCUGCUGGCUUGAAAGGUAGAAAUGCGCAGCCGCGCUCCCAGCUGGCAGGAAGUCAAACCACUGUUGUAGUUCUUUUGUGUUGCUAGCGCGGUCAAGAGUGUUGGCUCUCACUGAGAGAUGACUACAAAAAUGGACGCACCUGUUCAUCUGGUUGUUAAACACGGCUGAAAAUGAUCAUCUUUUAAUGUUGUUCCCGCUCCUGCCCACUCCCGUUGCUUUUUUUCCCGUCCCGUCCCGAUCAAGGGAUUAAUUAAAAAAUGACUCCCAUCCCAUGGGAUUCCCGCGGGAAUCACGUGACCCACGGGAAUUCCCGAAAAAUGUCAUACUCUACAGGGAAGGUCCCGGAGCAGAUGAAACAGGUGCCGGAGCGGCUGAAAUAGCUCCCGGAUCCGAUCAAAAGAGGUCCCGGAUCGCGCUCCGACUUGCUCCGGCACAAAUUAAGCACUGCUUACAAUGAUCCCCUCACGUGUGUAACCCAGGUAACCCGCAACGGCGGGAGACGCUGGACACGAAGAGGGCACGUAAAGCGGCGUCAUGUCGCAAAAUCGAAAGAGAAAUGCAAGCCUACAUGUCAACGCAUCCUUUUCAUUGUUUUCUUUCCCGUUCGACACCAAAUACACUUACUGAAUGUGCAAUUAUUGUUGUUGUUACUAUGAAUCAUCUGAUGGCACAAGCCCUAUGGAUAAAAUACAGCCUAUCGCCCGAAACGAUAAAAAUAAAAAUGGCACGAUAGACAUUUUCUAUCGUGCCCACGAUAUCUAUCGUCCUAUCGCCCAGCACUACCUUGUAUGGUGGAUAUGAGCUAAUUAUGUGAGUAUUUGUAAUUAAAUUGCUCAUCCAAAUAAGUAUAAGUGAAGCUGCACACUUUUGUUUUGUUUUAACAAUAACAAAUGGUCAUAAAAUGAUUAAAGGUACGAUAUGCCUUGAACUUAUUUAGUCCACUAAUAUUAGUGUUAAAGUCCUCAUAUGUUUUACAUGCGCUCCCGUAUGAGGCUCUCUGAACAUCUGUGCAUGAAACACAGCACUCUUUAAUCCGAGGCUGCCCUGAACGCAUCACUCUCGCGUAUCUCGCGUUUGUUUCCCUUUUAUCGAAAUGUUCAUUUUGCAACAAACACUGCUUAAAUAUAGUUUACAGCUUAAACUGACCUGAAUCAUCCCAAACUGUAAAGUGAAAGUAUCAAUCCAGUGACUGUGAGGCUCAGCAGAAACACAGGACUAUCUCCGGUUGUCUGGAAACCUGGAAACUUGACAGACAAAUAUAGUGACCCGAUUCAUGAAUGAAUGCAGACUAUGCUACGAGAAAUUCCCGGGAGAAAUGACAAUACAGGGGGUGGGCGGGAGAUAGGUCUACAAUAUGGGGGGUGGGCGAGAGAUAGGUCUACAAUACUGGGGGUGGGCGGGAGAUAGGUAUAAUACGGGGGGUGGGCAGGAGAUAGGUCUACAAUACGGGGGGUGGGCGGGAGAUAGGUCUGAAAUACGGGAGAGUCCCGGGAAAAGCAGGAGUGUUGGCAGGUAUGGAUAUGAUUGACUACUGCUUUGGUUUGGUGGCUGCACCGCUAGUUGUGGCUAAACUGCUAAUGCUACUUGUACCGUCAGCAGUGGCAGGCUGUACAGACUCCGCUCGCAUUUUCAUGCUUCCCGCAUAAUCACUCGGGAAGAACAGAUUUGUUAUGUUGCCGGUUUAUUGGCUUAAUUGCUCGACGUCACUUUGGAGAGACGUUGAAUAACUUCUCAAUUAAAGCAUCUUCUGAGGAUGACUCAAAGUCAUGGCUCACAUCUAUUGUGCUGCCCUCAGCUCCACGUUUAGCUCCAUGUUCUGGCAUUCAGUUUACUUCUACGGUAACUUACAGAAAUGAGCAGGAAAAGCCCGACUCUGAUUGGCUGUUGUGACACAUUUCCGCCAUGUUUGAUCGAGAACAUAUGCUCACAGCUGAUCACUGUGAUCGAACUGAAAUUUAUCACGAUCAUCGAUCACGAUCAUAUAACCGCCCAGUCCUAAGUGUACAUGCCUGCAUAUUAUCUCUUUAUUUGUACUUAUUUUAUCUAUUAUUUAUCUCCUCUUUUUAAUUAACUUUGCACUGGAGUUCCUGUGACAAUAAGCAAUUUCCCCCUGGAGAUUAUUUAAGUAUUUCUGAUUCUGAUUUAAAAAAAAAAUAUAUAGUUUUUAUUUAGGAAACAGAGAUUUAACAGCACCACCUUUAAAACUGGACCAGAGAUAAUUCCUUUAUGUUUGUUUGUUUGUUUGUUUAGUCCAAUUAGUCCAAUUAAAUGAAUAUAUUAAGAAAUAAGUGUGUACUGUAAUUUUACAGACACAGAUGAGGGUUAUUGAUCGAUCUGUCUUCACUCAUGAGCGACAUAAUGAAUAAUUUUCCCUAUUAUGGCAAAUACUCUGUUCAUGGCAGUGGAGAACACCAACUACAUUCACGUGUCAUGUUAUUUAAAAUUAACCGAUCUUCAUUAACCCUCAGGUAGUCAUGGCAACAGGACAGGUGACUUAUCAGUAAAGUAAUAAGAGAGACUUCGGGAUUUAUUGGUGCUGAACUUUAAUCAUUGUUUCCAGAUUCUUGAUGAUAAAAUCUGUUUUGUUUUUUUUUUGUUUUUUUUGUAGGAAGUACUGUAAAUCUUUUAAGUUUUUGUUAAAAUGUUAUGAAAUGAGGCUUAAUCACAGUUCAGGUUCCACACAAUAAGACCUCUGAAAACUGUUUUAAACUCAACUCAGCGCCUCAACCUGCACACAGCACUGACACAGAAAACAUAAGUGUGUGUGUUUUUAAUCAAUAAAUCUUUGUUUAUAUACCGACUAUUCACAACCAAUGUACUCCAAAGACGCCUUACCAAAAAAAAAAAACUGGUCUGGACCAGACUCUAUUAACAAAGACCCAAAGACGGGAUCAGACUGAGCCCCCAUCCUCUCAGAUCAGACCCACUCUGAUCCACCUUAACCCAGCAUGAGAUUUAGAGAGGAAGAAUUUCCUCUAACAGGUAGAAACCUCGAGCAGAACCAGGCUGAUGUUAGACCCUCAUCUGCUGAGAGAGAGAGAGCGAUAGAGAGAGAGAGAGCGAUAGAGAGAGAGAGAGAGAGAGGGAGAGAGAGAGAGAGGGAGGGAGAGAGAGAGAGGGAGAGAGAGAGAGAGGGAGGGAGAGAGAGAGAGAGGGAGAGAGAGAGAGAGAGAGAGAGAGAGAGAAGCAGCAAAACAUGUGAAUAUAUGCCAUCACAAAAGAGAAGAACUGCUGAAGAUGACCUGAACAGCUGCUCCAGAGUUUUUCACUGCAAACAUUAGGGCUGGGACGAUAUGGUUUUCUCCUGAUUCAAUUCUUUUACAAUUUUUUUGAUGCCAAUUCUAUUUAAAUUGUGUUAGGAUGAGUUUCUUUAGCCAGUCAUGUCAGCCUUUAGAGUGGUGGAGCUGUGUCACUCAAAUACCCCAGACACUUUGGUGUUAGAUUGCUGGAGCCGGGGGCCUCCUACAACCAUCCCUGAGCAAGGAACCCUGUACACAUUAUUUACAUCAUACAGGUCCCCAAAAUAUGUUCUGUCAUGAUAUUUCCUUCUUGGGACCUUCCACAUGUUCAUCUAAGGCUUUUGAAACAUGUUGUCCUUUGUUUUUACCAUACAUGGAUUUCUCUUCGGGUCAACUAAAUACCAACAGUAUGUUUAGGAUUGUGAACCGCUAUAUAUACUUGAAUGGUCUUGGACCACUCUUUGCUACACUUGGGGUGGUCACACUUGUGUUGCACUUUGGUCACACUUGUGGCCUGCUAAAUCUGUAACCCAGAUAUGUAAUCAGUAAAGCUUGUCAAAAUGACCAUUCGUGUGGACCUUCGAUUCUUUCUAGUGUGAACCUGGGCUAGGCAUCCUUACAAAUUGUGAUUCUACAAUAUUGUCGAUUUUCUCAAUUUUUUUAGUCUGCAUUUUUAACACCAAUAAAACAUGAUUGUGAUUGUCUACUGACUAUUCCAGGAACCGUAUUUCCCCCAAAAAUACACAUCACAUGUAAGUCAGUUUUUAAGAUUUAUUCUUCAAUUAUAAAAAAAUCCAUUUUUGAACAUAAAAAUCAAUUUAAAAAUUGUACAAAAAAUCGUUAUACUUACGUGAAUCGAUAUUUUCUCCCACCUGUAGCAAACAUGAUACUGACACUAUUUAUUCAUUUUUAUUACUAUUGUUAUAAUUGUUUUUAUUACUGUUACUAUUAUUGCUGUAAUUGUUAUUAUUUUUGUUUUAAUACAAGUGCAAGAGAGAGAGAGAGAGAGAGAGACAACAACAGCCGUACCCCUGUGUUGAUUUUUGCUGACUUUGGUGUUUUUUUAUUUUUUUUUAAUAAUUGAUGAAUCAAAGACGUAAAACAGAAAAUAAAAGUGAGCGAUUUUUGUCCUUCUGAGGGUUUGGAUGCUGUUGCAGACUGUGACUGUAAACAGACAGAUUUAUUUUAAUGCAAAAACUCUAACAAAAUCAAGAUUCAAGAUCAAGAUUAGUUUAUUUUUCAUGUUCAUGUUGAACAAGGUCAACAAUGCAAUGAAACGCCCCGCAUGAGAGGACCACUUGACUCAAAGGAGUACAGAUAAAACACACAUUAAGUACUAGAGAGGAGGAAUACAAUAAAAUAAGGAUACAAACAAAUAUAUUAAAGACAAUUAAAAGUACAAGGGAAAUAUUUACUAACUGCACAAGUGGUGCAGUAGGUGCUGAGUGUGAAUGUAUGAAAUGGAGGAUAAGUCGGUGGGAUAAAUGAGGUAUAAAACUUAUCAUAUUGCACAUGAUGAAUAAUGGUCUACAAUAUUUAUGUUUUUUAGACAGUUCUACAUUCAAAGUACAACUGUUGUUCUUCAGUUUACUUUUCCAGAGGAGUGUCAGAUUCUGAUCCAUCAGACCUCAGGACAGUCCACCUUUAAUGGACUCAGGUCCAGAGAAGUCUCUGGUGUUAAAGAAAAGAAUUCUGGGUAAAGGAGUUCUGUGAGCUCAGCUGUACUGUUACUGUUUAUCUGCGCAGGUUCACUACACAGCUAAACCUGUGCGUGCGUGUGUGUGUGUGUCUGUGUGUGUGUGUGUUCAGCAGGAGCAUUGGUUUGAAAAAGCUCUGAGGGAAAAGAAAGGCUUCGUCAUCAAGAAGAUGAAGGAGGACGGAGCGUGUCUGUUCAGAGCCGUGGGUGAGUUUUACACACACACACACACACACAAACCUUGAGCUCUCCUCAGGCGUUUCUCUGCAGUUCCUCUGGUCACCAGCAGGUGUCAGUGUUGUGCAGUUGUUGUUUCCCUCAGUCAGAGUUUUACCUUCGAUCCUUCCUGAUUGGUCCUGAGCACAGAACAGAAUCAGAGGUUUUACCCGGUUCAGGAGGAUCUUGGUGGUCCGGUUUUCAGCUCCAGCUGCAGGUUUUGAUUUUGCAGUAAAGAGCUGCCAUGACUCUCUGUGGUCACUUCCUGCCAAAAGUCUGAGGGCGUGUCUUUGUGUUAAAGUUUGUUAUCAUGAUGUCUCAGCCUGGAGCCUCUGCUCUCAGACCCUCUCCUCUGCUGCCCAUGUGGCCAAACCUUCAGGCUUCUGAUUUUCAAAAUAAAAGCUUGUGAAUUUUUUUGGUGUUUUUGAAUGAAGGGGUCAGUCAUGCUCAUGAGAGUUAAAAUGAAAUUUCCUCACUCUGCAUGAGUCGAUGUGUUUGUGGAAAUUCGGGAUGCUCUGAUCAGGAUUCUGGGUUCUGAUCACUGAUCCGAUCUUACUGAAAUCAGUAUCUGCCGAUCCGAUUAUUCCAAUCACUGAUCACAGCAUCAAAAACAGCAGUUGAAGCAUUUCAUUUAUUGUGCAACCAGUAUUAAAUUGGAGAUGAGAAAGUUUUAUGAAUUGACAACAAUCUUCAUUAUUGCAGGGAAUUUGCAACAUUCCACUCUAGAUGCUCUAAUGACCCUCUGAGAGAGACAACUUGAAGCUUACAUAGAAUGUAUAAUCAUAAAUCAAAUAAAAUACUUUUCUUAAGUGCAACAUUGCAUUCAUUAAAGGCUCCUGAACUUGGAGUUUUAACAGUAGCUUUCCUUUGGAGAUAUAAUAAACUGAACUUUGACAAAAUGUGAAAUACGGUUUCAAGUCAUUAACGGAAAAGUGCAGAGCAAUAAAAAAAAAAAAACUAUGUAUCUGUAGACCCUUCUAUAUGUAACUUCAGGGUUUUUUGUGUGUCAUUUGGACAGGUAGAGAGAGAGUCAUAGGCAAGAACACAAAAAAACAAAAAUACAAAUCAUUUUUCUAGAGUUAAUCUAUAACUAUCUCAGCCGAGACAUUUUUGCCUGUGAGAGGCUGUACUGGGGUUCAGACUUACUUCUGAUUAAACAGCAUCAGUGACAGAUUUGUCUUGAUAAUUAUAACAAUAAUAUUAGUAUCUCUGCAUUUUUAGCAGUUAACCUGUUUCUCUUCUCAUCUAUAAUAUAUCCUCAGUGCUGAAAAGUCACUUACAAACACACCAGGUCCAUAUGUCAUUCCUGGAGCUGACUGCGGUGAUGUUGUCCUUCAUGAGGCUCUCAAUGUGCAUGUAGACAUUUUGAUAAAACUCCGUCAGGAAGACGUCAGUAAAAUAAUAUAGGCAGCGACUGUUUGUUUAAGCAUAUGAACUCCAUAACUUAAGCAUUAAUUUCUGUUCUUUUCUUGUUCUCAUUACUGUACGGCUGCCGUUGUUUUAGUAAACUGCUUACAGUCAGCUGGGCGUGUGGCGGACUGGCAAAGCAAUUUCUCUCGAGACAAAGGGCAUGCUCAAACUACAUGACCAUAACAAAGCGAGACAGCCAAUUGCAAGCUGCCUUUUACGUGACCGGAAGAAGAAUGAUUUCUUUCUUUUGGUGGCGUAAAGCCUAUAAUCAUCUUUAUAUUGAGAUAUUUAUCCCUGUAUUUGUAUGCAGAAAUGCAAAACAUAGAUAUGCUAUAUUCAUACAUGUUGGUAAUUCUCACAGAUUUUAACCUUUUUUUUCCUCAUUCUCCUGGAUUUCAUGUCAUUGAUCAGCCUUGUUAGGUCAUUUUGAUAAGUCCAAUCAAAAACGAUCAUAGGCAUAUCGGCAGAUCUAGAUCAGUGCCCAUCAGAUCGGAGCACCCCUAGUUGAAAUCCAACGAUCCCAAAGCAAAAACACGAACAUCCUGAGAUCUACGGAGCUGUAAUCAUGGAUCAGUUCAAACAUCCUCACAAGUUUACUCCGGACCCCUCUAAGGAAAUAUUUAACAAGUUUGACCCUGAGAACUUUCCAUAGCAAAGCCAGGCAGAAGAUUGGGGCUCCAAGUCUGCAGUUAUCCCCAACUCUGGUCUUUAACAGUCCACCUGAAAAUAUCAGGAACAGGUCUGCCGCUGUAUCAGUUUGAGAGGAACCAAACCAGGCCUCAGACAGCAGGGGGCGCCCUGACACUGUGUGUGUGUGUUUGUGUGUGUGCGUGCGUGCGUGCGUGCAUGUGUGUGGGAAAGUAUGUGGAAAUGUGGGUUAGAGUAAAUGACGAUGGUUUCAGGUCCAUUCAGAGUGGAGCUUCUGUUUCAGACAACACCGAUUAUAUUUCUGCACUUAUGUCAUCACACCCUUACCUCUGUGUGUGUGUGUGUGUGUGUGUGUGUGAGUGUGAGUGUGAGUGUGUGUGUGUGUGUGUGUGUGUGUGUGUGUGUGUGUGUGUGAGUGUGUGUGUGUGUGUUACCUGUAACCUCACACCUGUCUUGUUAGAUAAUAACCUUGGUUUGUUCCCGAGUUUCAGUCAGUCGACCUUUUUCUCACACCUUCAGUUCUGUCCCAGUUUAGAGCUCUCAUUUAAAGCCCAUUUUACCCAGAAUGCUCUGGGAGCUGGCCUGCAGGUGUGUGUGUGUGUGUGUGUGUGUGUGUGUGUGUGUGUGUGUGUGUGUGUGUGUGUGUGUGUCAGCUGAUAGAGUGAAGAUGUUGACCUUCAGGAUGUAGAUCAUUGAAGGUUUCUCUGCUGCUCUUGUGUCUCUUAGUUUGUGGUUUAUCGUCCAAAGUGUCUCUUUCACAAUAAGAGCCCCCCUCAAAGUACUGACAUGAUAAUAACACAAAUACUGAGAUUAUAUUAACGAAAUUCAUUCAUCAAAUGAUCCAGGAUAUAAAAGGUGACCUUGAGCGUCUGACCUCUGACCUCUGAAAACGUCUCAGAUGUCGGUGUCUCCUAGUCUAAAUGAAGUUUGUUUCAGUUUAUUUCUGAUGGUUCUCACUUCUGUUUUCAGAGACUCCUUUCUUUACACUGUAUCCCAUUUCACAGAAAAAACACACGCACACACACACACACACACACACACACACACACACACACACACACACACACACACCACACACAUUCACACACACCUGUCCACCUGAAACUGAAACUUGGCAGCUUGGUGUGAAAACAGGUUUUGACAUAUUGAACACAAGAGUUAGUGUGUGUUGGUUUGUGUGUCUGUUUGUGUGUGUGUUAGUAAGUGUGUUAUUGUGUGUGCAUUUGUGUGUGGAUUUGUUUAUCUAGUUAGUGUGUGUUUGUGUGUGAGUAAGUGUGGUUGUGUGUUAGUUUUUGAGUCUGUGUGUAAGUUUGAGUGUUAGAUGUUAUUGUGUUACUGUUUCUUAGUAAGUGUGUUUGUUCAGUAAGUGGGUGUUAGUUUUUGUGUUUGUUUAGUCAGUUAGUUAGAGAGGUUUGUUUUGUUAGUUAGUUAGUUUGUGUGUAGGCCUGUCACGAUAACAAAUUUUGCUGGACGAUAAUUGUGCUACAAAUUAUUGCCGAUAAACGAUAUUAUUGACACCGUUUUUUAAAUUAUAGAUAAUAAUAACAUAUGGCAUAAUAAUGCGAGUACACCAUGUCAAAAGCAAUAAACUUUAAUUGCUCAAGAUUAAGAACUUUGAACUAGGAUGAACAAAUAUAAUAAACAAACAAGACAACCAAAAAACAAUGAAAAUAAAAUGGACCCCCAUUCUGUUUUAACAAAAACUGCAUUCAAAUAAAAACCACAAUCACAACUACAAACAAAAAAAAACAGACCUUGUCUCUGGUACGCAACAAAAACUUCACUCCACACAUAACUAUUAAAACAAUAAAUAAAGUGGAGUCUCGAGUCUGUACACAAAAUUGCACUAAAUAAUUAGCUUUGGGUGCUAUUCCUCAACAGGUCAACAAAGAAAAUGCAUGCGCACCUCAAGCACAAUCAACCCCGCGGAUGAUUGUGCUUGAGGUGCGCAUGCAUGUUCGUCGUAUUUCCCUUCUUUGUCACCAAAACAAAUGCGACAUACGUCCGUGUUCGUGGGCUCACCUCUUUCAUUUUAUUUGAAACCGAAAUGUUCCCACACUGGGGCUGUUGCGUUGGGAUUAGACACCAAAGCUGUCGUUUCAUCAUUCAUUGCGUUUGCUCCGCACUGUGUCAGUACGUCUGUGUGCGUGCGCCCCCCCUCCCCUCCCCUCCCCACCGUGACAAAGAGACUGAAUGACUGACAGGAGGGUUCACUCACUGUGUUCAUUCCGCUAUAGAGCCAACGCACCCAGGUGUCGAGAAAAAUGCGCAGAGUGAGACCUCUUCUCUCAUCCAGCGCGUUUGGUAGCCAGCGAGGAGGAAAACAAACGCACGUCAAUUAUGGAGGCUGGCAAAAUUACCGACCUCGUUUUUAUUUACAGAGCGAUAAGGCGAUUUAUUGAUUAUCGCGACAGGCCUAUUUGUGUGUUUGUUUUGUUAAUUAGUUAGUGUGUUUGUUUUGUUAGUUAGUUUGUGUGUUUGUUUUGUUAGUUUGUUUGUUAGUUAGUUGGUUUGUUUGUUGUUUUGUUAGUUUUUUAUUUUGUUAGUUUGUGUGUGUGAUUGUGCUUUAGUUUGUGCUUUGUUUUGAUAGUUAGUGUGUUUGUUUUGUUAGUUUGUUUUUGUGAAUUGGUUAGUUUGUGUGUUUGUUUCGUUAUUUAGUCAGUUUGUUAGUUUGUGUGUUUGUUUUGCUAGUUAGUUAGUUAGUUAGUUUGUGUGUUUGUUUUGUUAGUUAGUUAGUUAGUGUGUUUGUUUUGUUUGUUAGUUAGUUAGUUAGGUUGUGUGUUUGUUUUGUUAGUAAGUAAGUUAGUUAGUCUGUGUGUUUGUUUUGUUAGUAAGUUAGUUAGUUAGUGUGUUUGUUUUGUUACUUUGUUAGUUUGUCUGUUUGUUUUGUUUGUUUGUUAGUUAGUUAGGUUGUGUGUUUGUUUUGCUAGUUAGUUAGUUAGUUAGUUUAUGUGUUUGUUUUGUUAGUGUGUUUGUUGUGUUAGUUAGUUAGUUAGUUAGUUUGUGUGAUUUUUGUUAGUUGGUUAGUUAGUUUGUUUGUUUGUCUUGUUAGUUAGUCAGUGUGUUAGUUUCUGUGUUUGUUUAGUUAGUUAGUUGGAUGGUCUGGAUGUUUUCAGAUUAAAGUGAUUAAAACCACAUAAUAGAGUUUCAAUAAUACUGGGAUUUCAUAGAUCCACUAUAAACUGAAAACAGGGACUUUACCUUCUGACAGAACAGCUUCACUCUCUCAUAGUUUUCUGUUUGUUGGAUUAUAAAGUUUUUAUUAUAAUUUUUACCAUAAUUUUGUUUAAAGUUUGUUUUGGUUCACAGAUGAUCCGUCCUUAUCUCUGGUGAUCUAAAAUCCAGACUUAUUGACACUUUCAUUUGGACUGUUUUCAGGUCAGAAUAAGACAUCUUACCAACAAAACAUCCUUCAGUCUCAGUGAAUAAUGCUCCUGCUGUAGUAGUGACUGUGCAGCCUGUAGGGGGCACUCUCAGCUCCUCUGUGUGAAGUUCAGGGCAUGGUGAUGCUGCUGCUGCUGCUGGUUACAUGUUUUUAUCUCUCAGCUGAUUUCUGCAUAACAACAACAACAGGCAGAUAAUAUGCACACACACACACAGACACACACACACACACACACACACACACAGAGUCAGCUGAUCCACUGCAUACCAACACUGCUGCUCAGCAACACUUGACAACUACAAACUACAAUCUUUGAAUAUGAAACAAACAACCUGCAGCAGAACUCGGGUCAGAACAGGUUGAACCUGAGACCGACUCAGACUCUCUCUCUCUCUCUCUCUCUCUCUCUCUCUCUCUCUCUCUCUCUCUGAGGAGGAACUGGUUUAUUCAGAGAAAAAGCUGACAGAAAUGACCACAGCUCUAACCGUGUGCGGUCGCUUGUUGCUCUGUGUCCUGGGUGUAUACUUGAGACUGUUGGCGACAUUGUUGUUUUUGAGGUUUGUGAUAGAUUUGAAUUCUUCAUACUUUCUCAUGAUCGUCUCCCGCUCCUCAUUUGAAAAGUCCGCGGUCCAUCGUUCUCCGGCCUUCUCUGACGCUCCGGACUGGUCCAUGUUCAAGAUUGGUCAGAUGUGGCGGGCUCCGCCUUACAUGCGUGCACGUGCUCAUAGCAAAGCUGGAUCCACUUACGAGGUUGACAACCAGCGUUGUAAGACCGUUUAGCGAGACCGCUGGGUACCGCGCUAAGUUAAGCGAGGUAGCCUUGUAGCUACCUCGCUAAGUUAAGCGAGGAAGCUUCAAGGCUACCUCGCUAGGUCAAACUUCCCUCGUAGAAUAUGCCCCAGGCAUGUGUACGUUAGCUUGUAGCACACCUAUUGGUUAUUGAUGAUGUUCAUGAUGUGCUUCCUGAUUUGCUUCAGACAGGAUUAAAGACCUGUGAUGAUACCUAACAGGUUUACAUAGACCAGGAAAAGUCAGGUUAUGUGAGCCCAGCUCCAGUUUCCUGGGGCCUACUCUACGAAGCAGGAUUACUGUUUAGCGAGGUAACUUCGAGGGUAAGUUCGGGGUUUCCUGUUCUACGACACGGGUUCACCUCUUAGCAAGGAGAGUCAUGUUCGAGGUUGGUCAGUUGGCGGGCUCCGCCUUACACGCAUGCCCUCGGCCCCGUGCUAAGUUGAGCGAGGUAGCCUUGGAGCUACCUCGCUCAACUUAGCUCGGUUGAACUUGCUUGGUAGAACAGGCCCCUGGUCUUACAGCUGUUUUUCUCAGGCUUUAUGUUAAUUCUUCUGACACCUUCCCUCCUCUGAAAUAAAAUAUCUUCAUGCUGUUGUUGAUGUUGUUGUUGUUGUUGUUGUUGAUGUUGAUGUUGGUGUUGGUGUUGUUGUUGAUUGUGUUGUUGUUAUGGUUUUUGUUUAUGUUGUUAUUGUUGUUGUUGCUGUCGUUGUACAUGUUGUUAUUGUUGUUGUCAUCAUUGUCGUCCUUGUUGUCUGGUUGUUCAUGUUGUUAUUGUUGCUGUCUUUGUCUUUGUUGUAAUCUUUGUCAUUAUUUUUGUUGUUGUUGUUGUAGUUGUUGUUUUUUCACCGUCGUCAUUAUUGUUGUCAUUUUUAUUGUUGUUGUAGUUGUUGGCAUUUAUGUUGUUAUAGUUGUUGAUGAAAAUGGCGGUGUCUGUUGGCGUGUGAAGGUCAGGCUGUCAGAUGUUCCCGUCUUUGUGGCAUUACUCAGACCCGUUUAGCAGCUCCUGAUUGGUCAGAUAUUCCCUGCAUGCUCCCUGCGUGCCCAUCAUUUCCAUCAUGCACUGCUGCUGGUCACAGUCAGUCAGUGAUCUUUGAUGAAUCAUCUGUUAUUGUUAUAUUCUGUGAAUGAAGUCAUGUUCAGCUGACUGUUGUUGAUUGUCAGAAGUCUGAGCGUCCCUGAACGCAGCACAUGAGGAUGACAUGAGAACGGCUCAUGCUGUGAUGGAGUCUGAACUGGUUUCUCCUCUCAGCUGAUCCGACCUGUCACUCACCCUGAAGGUGUUUUCCUCUUGGUACAAACAUCCUGUCAGGCUGGCCACACUGCCACGUCUGACUCCUGAUACUAUUGUUUUAAAAAUACACAGCUGACAAUCACAUGAUCAACGUUUCCAACAAACAACCCCAGAGACGACUUCUGGUUUCUGCUCCUGCUCCCUGAUUCCUCAUUUCGCCUCUUUUUUCAGCUUCAGGAGAGAUGGAGGGAACCACGGCUCAACUUAUUUAAUGAGAGUUUUUCAGACAUGAACAGAAACUGAAAACUCGAAUAAAGGUCAGAUAAACCGGACAGAUACCAGACUAAAGAAAACCAGAAUCAUUUAAAUGAGAGUAAUCAAUAAGAGUCAAAAGAAGUCUGGGGAAACUAUCCAGGUCAGUCAGAGCGGAUGCAAACUGAACAGACAGAAAGUCUGUAAAUUUAUCGGUCAGUUUUUCACAAUACAGUUGGAUUAACAUACCUGGAUCACGCAGUCAGGGUUAGGUCUGUCCUCCACAUGGGGCCUAUUCUACGAAGCAGGAUUACUGCUUAGUGAGGUAACUUUGAGGGUAAGUUUGGGGUUUCCUGUUCUACGACGCGGGUUCACUUCUUAGCGAGGCAAGUCUCCAUGGCAACGUACGCUGAACGGCUAACCUGCUCCAGGGCAGGUAAGGUUCCAGAUUGAAUUUACCGAGUAUAAAAACCCCAGCCACUGACCAAUGAGCUCUCUUGAAAAAUGGCUUGUCCGUUUUUGGAGGAUCCUAUAGACCUCUGUGCUUGAAUUGUCCGAGGAGCACUCCGGAGUGCAAGGGUUUUCAGGGACCACACGGACCCACUUACUUCUCCGGAUGACCACCUUUAUGAAAAGCUCAUAUGGCCUACAUAUCACACAAAAAAUGUAAACACGAUAGAAAUGAACAAAUUAAUUAAUUUAACUUGGAAAUUAUUUAGAUAAUGUCUGGUGCAUGUUAAAAGCACAUGUUAAACAAAGCUUUUUUUCGGGGUGAUAAUGACAUCAAAGAUUUUUUGCACACUAUAUUUACGCAUUGAGACUGUCAGCAAUUUUCUGCCAGCAAUUCUUCCCUGCUUUUGCAGAGGCGACGGUGUUGCUUCUAAGGUUUAUGAUCGAUUUGAAUUCUUCAUACUUUCUCAUGAUCGUCUCCUGCUCCUCAUUUGUAAAGUACGCAGUCCUUCGCUCUCUGGCCUGCUCUGACGCUCCGGACUGGUCCAUGUUCACAAUUGGUCAGAUGUGGCGGGCUCUGCCUUACAUGCGUGCACGCACUCAUAGCAAAGCUGGAUCCACUUACGAGGUUGACAACCAGCGUCGUGAGACCGUUUAGCGAGACUGCUGGGUACCGCGCUAAGUUGAGCGAGGUAGUUCCAAGUCUAAUGGUCCUCAGUGAUCUAGGAACUGAACAGGCCCGAGUCUGUGAAUGUGUGAUGAGGUCUGAUAUAAACGACGAGAUUCAGCCGUUCAUACGGACAGAGAGAGAGAGAGAGAGGUCAAAAACAGCUGAUCUGUAUUCAUGCAACCAUCUGAGGAGGGAAAGGAUAGAAGGGAGCACUCGGAAGGAAGGAAAGAAGGUGUCUAAGAAGGAAAGAAAGAUAGGAAGGAAGGAAAGAAGGUAUCUAGGAAAGAAAGAAGGAAAGAUAGGAAGGAGCAAUGAUAAAAAAAGGAGGUAUCUAGGAAGGAAGGAAAGAUAGGGGGGAAAAAUGGUAUCUAGAAAGGAAGGAAAGAAGGUAUCUAGGAAGGAAGGAAGAAAAGAUAGGAAGGAAGGAAAGAAGGUAUCUAGCAAGGAAGGAAAGAUCGGAAGGAAGGAAAGAAGGUCUCUAGAAAGUAAGUAAAAAAUGUGUCUAGGAAGAAAGGAAAGAUAGGAAGGAAGAAAAGAUAGGAAGGAAGGAAAGAAGGUAUCUAGCAAGGAAAGAGAGAUAGGCCGGAAGGAGAUAAGGGGCUCUAUUUUGGUGCCUCGCCGGAGACGUGCCGCAAGUGCAGCGUCAGUCAGAUCCGCCGCGCUGACAAGGCGUUCCCAAGCACAUUUUGGUGAGCCGCGCAGCCCGGCAUAAGUAUCCCCCCUCCCUAACUCGGCUCCUCCCAGCACCAUAAGUCGUAGAUGGGGAGGAGAGAGGGUGUGUAGUGGGUUUAACACAGCCGAGACCUGUUUUCACCAAUCACAUAAGCUCCUCUCCUUGCCUUUAAAUCCGCCACAGGCGAGGCGUAUUACUAUUUUCAUGAAGUAGUCAAAGAGAUCAAGAGAUGUCUUAAGACAGUAAUGCCACAAGAUGGCGACAGAGGGCAGCUCCUCAACAAGUGUCCUCCACACUCUCUCAUAUGAGCACAGAUGGAUUUGGUGUGUGUAAUGUUGGACCCAGUGGUAAGACAAACACCCUUUUCCACAAAUAAAGACACUCAAAUAAAGUUGCUCAUAUUCAAACCUCACGUGACAAAGGUGGGUUUAGCGCACAGAUUACAACAUAAAUUCCAAAAAUGGCAUUAAAAUCGGAACCAUCUGUGCGUAAAUGACGCAUCGCGCUCCGUGGCCUGGCUCUUUCUUUCAUAGAUGUUGGCAUAUAAAAUAAAUUUGGCUGACAAAACUGAAUAUUAUAAUAUCCAUAUGUCGGCUUAAAGUAGAUAACGCAUCUGAGCACUGAAACAAAUCAUCUGUUCAGCCGCAGCAGCAGCAAGACGGACAGAGGACAUGGAGACGUGUCCAGGUCGAGCUGUGCGAGAAAUAAGAGGAAGAGGAAGAAAGAAAAGGAGGGAGACGAAUUACAUAUCUUGUUAACUUCAUCAUGUGUGUAUAUUUACUAGAUAUUUAAUUUAAUUUGAUGCGGUUUCAGCUGUGUUGAUUCGGUCAGGUUGUGUGUCCAAACGCGUGCCAAACGCGCUCAUCAGAUCACAUAUAGAUCAGAAUAUAUCUAUAUAGAUCCAAAUGUAUGUGCUGACUCAGAUUAAUAGUUGUUGAUGAUUAUUUAUUGCACUGAAAUGUGCCUGACACUGUGGAAACCUGCCGGUGAGGCAUCAGUGACGUAUGUCGAUACGCCGCCGGUCUACCAAAAUACUACUGGACCAGCUGCGUUCCGCCUUGUGCUGAAAGCUGACCAGGUUUGAAUCGGCGAGCUUUCAGCGCACUUUACACGCCGGUGGCGAGCACGAAAAUGUCACUGCGCCAGCUGAUUCUGUCGACACCUCCCCCUGCCACGCCACCACGCCCAGCUUGGCAGAUCUCGGCUCGCCUCCGUGCGGCUCAGUCCACGAAAAUACCAAACUGGCCUUACGCCGGGCUCCGCCAGACGAAAAUACAACUGCGCGGGGCUCGCCACCCUCCGCCGCCUCACCGGCGCGCACGAAAAUAGAGCCCAAGGUGUCUAGGAAGGAAGGAAAGAAGAUACCAAGGAAGGAAAGAAGAAAUCUAGAAAGGGAAGAUAAGAAGGACAGGUAGAAAGAAAAGAUAGGAAGGAAGGAAAGAAGGCUUUUAGGAAGAGGAACGAAGGUAUCGAGGAAGGAAAGAUAGGAAGUAAGGAAAGAAGGUAUCCAGGAAGGGAAAGAAGGUAUUUAGGAAGGAAGAUGGGAAGGAAGGAGAGAAGGCAAUUAGUAAGGAAGAAAAAAAAGGUAUCUAGGAAGGAAGGAAAGAAGGUAUCUAGUUAGGAAGGAAUAUAGGAAGGAAGGAAAGAAGGUAUUUAGGAAGGAAGGAAAGAAGGUAUCUAGGAAGGAAAUGAAAGAAGGUAUUUAGGAAGGAAGGAAUAUCGGAAGGAAAUAAAGAAGGUAUUAAGGAAGGGAAGGAAAGAAGGUAUUGAGGAAAGAAGGAAAGAAUGUAUCUUGGAAGUGAAGGAAAGAGGUUAUUUAGGAAGGAAGGAAAGAGUGGAUGAGGUAAGUGAAGAUGGAGAGAAAGGAGGUGGAGGGCUCAGCCGUAAACUUUUCUCGGUGUGUUUGCGGCGUGUUUACGGCGUGAAGUCCUUGUGUCACUCUGACUCAGUGAGUGCUCAGCUCUCCGUGGGUCAUGUAACCAAUGACCUGUCAAUCAGUCCCAUGACCCAGUUAAGAGGGUCAGCUGAAGAAAUGGCCUCUGAGGUCAUAUCCUGUGUGUGUCAGCGGUGCAGUCAUGUCAGGAGCAGUCAUCCUGAGGAGGGGUCACCGACCUUUGACCUCUGCUGGCGUCCUUGUCAGUGAAAACUUAGUUCGUUUUGUCCUCUGGCGCUCUCUGCAUUCGUCCCUGUGACAGUAACCACAUGAUCUCCAUGACCCGCCCCCUUUUUUUUGACCUGACAGGUGGGUUCUGAGAGAACUGAGAACUGACCUGGACUCAGCGCAAACACACACACACGCGUGCACACACACAUGCACACAGGGCAGUUUGCAGGUUGUGUGCGGUUGCUGACGUUUAUCGGGUUUAUGGUUAUUGUGGACAAAAAUAAACAGGAAAUGACUUUCCAGAAAAACAGGAAGUUCGAUUUCUGCAGAAGUCGAAAUUAUGGGUCAUGUCAGAUCUUACCUGCUCACAUGACAUCACUUCUCUGCUCUGAUUGGUCGGUUUCCUUUUGACACAAACAUAAGUGGAUUCAUACGAUACAGGUGUUUAAACUACAGUACCCAUAAUGCUCUGCUGCACUGGUUCUCCUGGUCAGGGUGGAUCCGGUCUGCAAGGUUCAGAUUAGAACUUUAUCGACACCAGCAGCCAAACCAGCUGAUCAGACUCUGCCCCCUCCUGAUAAAAGCACCCGAGCUGACCAAUCAAGGUCUUGCUGCAGUUUCCUCUGUGUCUGUGUGUGUGUGUGUGUGUGUGUGUGUGUGUGUGUGUGUGUGUGUGUGUGUGUGUGUGUGUGUGUGUUCUGUAGAAGUCUAUCUUAAGUGUUUCUCCGGAACUUUCUCACAACUUCCUCUUGUCACUUCCUUCUUUUUCUCCUUUCCUCCUCUCCUUUAUUACCUUUCUUAUCUCCUUACACCCUCUCCUUCCAGCCUUUCCUUUUCUUGUCUCCUUUCUCCUGAACCUUGUUUCAUCCUCUUUCACUUGCCUUGUCUCUUAUCCUCUGCUAAUUUGUUUCCUUAACUCCUCUCCUCUUAGCUCACCUUCACUUCCCUCUUUAUUUUUUCUUCUCCCUUGUUUCCUCCUCUCCUCUUAUGUUGCCUCCUGUAUUUCAAUUUUAAUAACCUUUAUUGACAUGACUGUUUAAACAAUUUUGCCAAAGCAUUACAUUAUAACAUCAAUAAUAAUAAAAAUAAUAAUAAUUACAAUUAUAAUAUAAAAUAUAACAUCAAUAAACAGUGUCUGUAUCCUAGAUUCUUAUCCCUAGUCUCCUCCUCUCCUCUAUUCCUCCCAUUCCUCUCCUCUCUUCUCCUCCUCUCCUCUCCUUUCCUUUCCUCUCCUCUCCUCUCUUUCUCUCCUCCUUUCUCCUCUCCUCCUCUCCUUCUCCCUCUCCUCCUCUCCUCCUUUCCUCUCUCGUCUCCUCUCCUCUCCUCCCAUCCUCUCCCCUCUCCUUCUCCUCUCUCCUCCCCUCCUCUCUCCUUUCCUCCUCUCCUUCUCUUUCCUCUCCUCUCCUCCUCUCCUUUUCUCCUCCUCCCUUCUCAGUGGAAUGGUAAAGUGUUUGUCUCGUCUGUUUCAGUGACUCAUUUGGUGAAUCUGCAGGGAGUUUCCCUCUGACUCACAAACGUUCAGAUGGUUUAAAUGAAUUCAGAGAUCUGACAUUUCAAACGCUGAUGGACUGCAGCCAGUUAUUCUGGUUCAGAAUCAGCUGAGGUCUUUUAAUUUUAUUGAUUUUUAUUUUAGUUUUAAUUUUAAUUUUUAAUAAUUGUAGUUUUCAAUUUAUUUUUUAUAGUUUUAGUUUGAAUAAUUUUAGUUGUAAUUUUGGUUUUAUUUGACAUUAAAUUAUUUUAAUUUUAAAAAUUUUAGUUUCAAUUUUUGUUAGAACAAUUUUAUUUUUAAUAAUUUUAGUUUUUUUUAACUUUAAUCAUUUUGGUUUUUAUAGUUUAAGUGUUAAUAUUUUUAAGUUUUAAUUUUAGUUUUUAUUUAAGUUUUAACAAUUUUUUUUUAUAAUUUAAGGAAUAAUUUUAGUUUGAAUGAUAUUAGUUUUAAUGAUUUCAGUUUUUAUUUAAGUUUUAAUAAUUUUUUUUAUAAUUUUAGUUUCAAUAGUUAAAGUUUUAAUGAUUUUAGUUUGAAUUUAAGUUUGAAUUUCAGUUUUUCACACAUCAGACUCAGAAAAGUCAAACCCUUGACAGAUCAGGAAGAACCGCGAGCUCACGGAUCUGUGUUCGCGUCCCGCCGUCUGCCUGUUGUCUGAUAAACAAACUCAGCUGGUCACAUGACCGCGGCCUUGUCAACACUUCAAACUGCAUGAACCUGGAGGUGCACACACGUGCAUGCACACACACACACACAUGCAGUGGUAUGCAAAUGAGCCUCACUUUGGUCUGAUUUCCAGCAAGUCACAUGGUCUGUAACCACGGCAAUUCUCAGAACCCCCCCACUACUUCCUUUUUCUCACUAGCACUGCAAGUGUGUAUAUGUGUGUGUGUGUGUGUGUGUGUGUGUGUGUGUGUGUGUGUGUGUGUGUGUGUGUGUGUGUGUGUGUGUGUGUGUGUGAUGUCAAGGAUGGAGGUGCUGAGAAUACACACACACACACUCAAAACAAAACUAACACACUCAGAUGAGCAGCAGCAGGUGUGAACAAACAGGGGAGUCACUGCUGGACUCAUCAUCCAAUGUGUGUGUGUGUGUGUGUGUGUGUGUGUGUGGACUCUCAUUGUGACACUUCAGUGAAAGUUAAAGGAUCAGUUCUAUUUUUUUGUAAACCUCGCUGUCUUCCCCUCUGACUGUCAGUUAGGCUCCACCCUCCCUGAACUGGAGCCGUCUGUUGGUCUGUGUUAAAGUCAUGUCUUCUCCAAACUGUCAUCACUUCUUCACUUUAAGAGUUUCACAUUCGUUUUCAUGAUAAUCCUCACUAAAUUAAAGAUUUUAAUCCAGUUUAAGUGUUUUUACUCAGAGAUUCAACUCCUUAACGUUAAAUCACAGACUGAAGAAACUAAAGAUCAGAGUAGGGAUGUAGCGAUUACCGCUAAAAUGAUAAACCAUGGUAAAAUGUCUGACGGUUAGUACUACAGUUUCAAAUUGUAAUUACUGUUAAAACCGUGUUUGAUCACCGCAUUCUGGAAAAGCUCACAGUGAUACUGCUCAGUUUUGAUAAAGAGCAGUCACACGCAGCCGUCCUUUGGACACAGGUGUGCCGUGAGCAUGCGCACUGCAACUGCACAUACAACUUGUAAACAUGGCGGAGGGCAGUUCUGCUGACCGUAUUGCAGAUAUUUUUCUGCUGUCAAAGAAAACAAAGUUGAAGUCUGGGCGUAUUUCGGCUUCUACAAAGGCUUGCGAGGGUUGUCAGGAAGCAUUUGUGCAUCCUAGUACAGAUUAGUACAUUGAGGGGAAGGAUACACUGAAAGGGAAAUUGCAAAACGCCUAAAGGUGUCCAACAAAGGAGUUCACUACACUCUAAAAUGACUUGAGGAAACUGGGAGUUAUGAUGAUAGGAAAGGGCUGGAAGAAAAAGGGUCACUACAAAAGCAGAGGAUAAACAUAUUAUUGUCAUUAGUAAGAGAGAUUGGUGAAAAACAGCACCACAAAUAAAGGAGGAAAUCAAGGUCUAAAGGGUUUUGUAUCUGCAAAAUUACACUUCUUUGUCCACAGAACAAGAAAAAAAGAUAUGAUUUGGCAAAAGCUCACAAAAAUUGGACCUAUGAUGACUGGAUGACAAGUCCUCUGGACGGAAGAAAGCAAGUUUGAACUAUUUGGUUCAAAACUGAGAGUCUAUGUCUGCAGAAAAACUGGUGAAUGUCUCAAAGCACCAUGCGUAACACCCACAAUAAAGCAAGGAGGUGGUAGUGCCAUGGUAUGGGCUGUUGCAAAUUAUUCUGAUCUUUUUUUGUACAAAUUUGAUCUUGCUUCCAAACUUUUGGCCUGUAGUGUGUAUAUAUAUAUAUAUAUAUAUAUAUAUAUAUAUAUAUAUAUAUAUACACUACAGGCCAAGGCCAUUACAGGCCGAACAGUUGGGAGUAACUUCAAGUUUUUGUUCACAAUGCUUUUUUUUUAAUCCAGCAUGAGUUUUAUGUAUUUUGGGAUGUAUUUACUCCAUGAUCAGAAGUUGCUUUCAUGGAAAUGCACCAUUUUACUCCAUUUACCUUUAGAUACAUUGGUAUUCACAGACCAAAAGAUAAUAAGGAAAGCAAAAAAACAAACCACAGUUGGUUUAUUCACUUCAACUCUUUGGGUUUUGAGAGAAAGAGAAAUUGCAAAACACCUAAAGGUGUCUAACAAAGGAGUCCACUACACUCUGAAGAGACUAGUGGAACCUGGAAGUUAUGAUGAUAGAAAAAGACCUGGACGAAAGAGAGUUAUUGCAAAGCAGAGGAUACACAUAGCAUUGUCACCAGUAAGAGAGAUCGGCAAAAGACAGCACCACAAAUAAGGGAGGAAAUCAACCUGACAAGGUGGAAACCCAUAUCUCUGACAACCGUGAAAUGACGUUUGAGAAAGGCUGGUCUGAAGGGUUGUGUAUCUGCAAAAAAACACUACCUCGUCCACAGAACAAGAAAAAGAGAUAUGAGUGGGCAAAAGCUCACAAAAAUUGGACUUAUGAUGACUAGAAACAAGUUUGCAAUGUUUGGUUCAAAACGCAGAGUCUAUGUCCGCAGACAAACGGGUGAAUGUCUGAAAGCACUAUGUGUUACACCCACGAUUCAGCAUGGAGGUGGUAGUUCCAUGGUAUGGGGAUAGUUUGCAGGUAAUGAAGUAGGAGAUUUGUUUGAAGUAAAGGGCAUCAUGAAGAAGGAACAGUACCACUCCAUCCUCCAGCACCAUGCUGUUCCAUCUGGACUCAGACUUCAAUCAAUUAAUCAAUCAAUCAAAUUUUAUUUAUAUAGUGCCAAUUCACAACAGUCGUCAUCCCAAGACGCUUUUCAAAGAACAAGAGCAGGUCUAGACCACGCUCAUUGUUUGAUGAUCAAGAACCAACCUAAGAUGGGUUUUGGCCCAUCUCACCUAACAUGAGUAGCAGUGGCAAGAAAAAACUUCCUUUUAACAGGCAGAAACCUUGGGCAGGACCAGACUCAUGCCAGACAGCCACCAUGCCGCUGCUGGGUUGGGGAGGAAUGUAGAGAGAUAGAUGGAGAGGGAGGGAGAGGGAGAGGGAGAGAGAGAGAGAGAGAAUGAGUAAGGAGAGGGAGGGGGAGGGAGAGAGAGUAGAGAACGAGGGUGAGAGAGACAGGGGACAGCAGAAACAACAGCAACAACAGCUCAUGUAAUGGUGAAACAGAAUGAAUUUAGUUUACAAGGUUAGGAUAUGAGUAAUUAUGGACUAUGUUAAAUUAAUUUAAUGUGAUUACAGUCAGCAGGCCUAAUAUUAGUCAACUCUAGUUUUAUGUUAUUAAUGUCAGUGAGGCUGAUGAUUUAUUUGUUGUUAUGUUAAUGUUUAUGCCUCUGGCACAUUACUUUGUUAUUACUAGUGUUUAUUACCUCUGGCUCUUCUAAGGCCCUAUCUUUGAUUAUCUAAGGCUUAUCGUUCCUCUGUUAUUUAAGGUUAAGGAAAAGUUCAUUCUGCGGGUUGUUUUGAUUGCUUUUUUUUUUUCCAUAAUAAAACUUUGUUAAAUGAUUUCAGGGCGUGUAUAAGUACUUUUUAAACAUUUUGAACAUAUUUCAACAAUACCGUGAUAAUUUUGGUCACAAUAAUCAUGAUGUGAAAUUUUCAUAUCGUUACAUCCCCAGGAUCGGAGUCAGACUUUAGAAGAGAGAGAGACCUGAGCUUUUAUUUUGAAAGGAUUCAGAACAAUGACACACACACACUGUCCUCCCUUUUUUGUAAUUUACUCGGUCUCUGCAGACUUUUUUUUUUAAAAGACGUUGACAUGAGUAUACGGAUCAGCUGAUUAACCUGUUCUCUCUGUCCUUCAGCUGACCAGGUGUACGGGGAUCAGGACAUGCAUGAAGUGGUCAGGAAACACUGCAUGGACUACCUUGUGAGUAAUUGACCUCUGACCUCUUCACAUUCACCUGAACCCGCGGGUCACGCUCCAGUCCAUGUUUUUAUCAAAUCUGUUUUUUUCCCUCCAGAUGAAGAACGCAGACUAUUUCUCCAACUACGUGACAGAGGACUUCACCACAUACAUCAACAGGAAGAGGAAAAACAAUUGCCAUGGCAACCACAUCGAGAUGCAGGCCAUGGCGGAGAUGUACAACAGACCAGUGGAGGUGUACCAGUACGGCACAGGUGAGUCCGUCUGUCCGAGAAGAACCGAACAAGUAAUCAGCCAAUCACAUCUGACUGAGCCGACCCUCCGUCUCCUCUACAGAACCAAUCAACACCUUCCACGGCAUCCACCAGAACAACGACGAGCCAAUCAGAGUGAGUUACCAUCGCAACAUCCACUACAACUCUGUGGUGAACCCGAACAAGGCCACGAUCGGGGUCGGACUGGGCCUGCCCGCCUUCAAACCAGGGGUAUGUUCACAGCUGGUGAGCGAGCUGAGGAUUCUGUGAGUGUUCUGCAGAAUCUGACGGUCCGUUCUCUCCCUCAGUACGCCGAUCAGUCUCUGAUGAAGUCGGCCAUCAAGACGUCGGAGGAGUCGUGGAUCGAGCAGCAGAUGUUAGAGGACAAGAAGAGAGCGACGGACUGGGAGGCCACCAACGAGGCCAUCGAGGAGCAGGUGGCCCGGGAGUCCUACCUGCAGUGGCUUCAGGACCAGGAGAAGCAGGCCAGACAGGUAAGGGGGCAGGGUCAGGAGGUCCGUUAUUAAACAGAUUCCUCCGUUUGAAGCCGAUAUCAGAGAAUGGUGCUGCAUUCGAGUUACCUCAGAAGUCAGACGUCCGAGCUGAAAAUGAAGUCACACCCAAGUUCCCAGCAUUUCAGUUACCAAGUCAGAAAAAGCUAAAUCAGAGGCAGGAACAAGAUGGCUACAUCAUACGAAAGCUAUUUUAGCACUUGCCUUGUCCGUAUGUAAGGUGAGCGCUAAAGUACGAUAGCUUUGUCUACGGAAGUUACUUUAGUGCUUGCCUUGUCCGAAUAUAAGGCAAGCGCUAAAGUAACUUUGGUAGAUGUAGCCAUCUUGUUUCUGCCUGAGAGUUUGCUUUUUUCCGACUUGGUAACUGAAACACUGGGAACUCGGGUUUGACUUCAUUUUCAGCUCCGACAUCUGACUUUUGAGGUAACUUGAACGCAGCAUGGGCAGCAUUAGACAAGGUUAGGCCCGCCCCUCUGGCUCCUCAACUGUCAAUCAAACACAGACCAUAUAAGACAUCCUGUUCAUCUAUAUCCCACCCUCAGCCCCGUAAGGCCAGCGCCACCUGCAGUUCAGCGACAGCAGCUGCUUCCAGCGGACCAGACGACUGGAGCGCCCGGUCACCACGGCAACGGGACUCAGACCCCUCCCACUCUGACCUCACAACUGCCCCAUCGACCAACAACAAGCCUCCCUCUCCCGCUGGAGCCGCCCUCAUCCUGAGCAAACCCCCCUCUCCCUGCGCGCCAGGUGACGCACGCACACACACACACACACACACACACACACACACACGUUUGUUAUCACUGACAAUACACACUCAUAUCAUGUCAAACUAAAGCUGCGUGUGCGUGUGCGUGUGCGUGUGUGUGUGUGUGUGUGUGUGUGUGUGUGUGUGUGUGUAGGUCCCAGUAAUCAGACUCGUCAUCAUUUGGAGUACAGAGCCAUCAUGCAGGAGAUGUCACCUACAGCCUUUGGUAAGAUGCUCCCAUGAUGUUACUUCCUGCUCUCCACUCUCAGAAGUGUCUUUUUUCCUUGUUUGUGAUUUGUUGCGCCCUGAAAUCCAGAGUCCAGGUCCUAGCUUCGAUGGGGGGGUAACACUUUCUGACUUUCAGUUUCCUUUCUGUCCAUCUGUGAACCGAAGUCUGGACUCUGUGAUCCGAGCUCGGUGAUGAAGCCGUUGGUCGUUUUCUUUUGUUUACAGUCUAAACUCAACAGGAAGAACCUGUGCAGAGCAGAGAGGUGUGUGUGUGUGUGUGUGUUUUAUCAUAGGUUUUCAGAACCAGUGUGUGUGUGGAGGAGUGUGUUUUCUAUCAAAGUCCAGACAGAACCUUCUGCAGGUGUCUGUCUGAGGAUCAGAUCAAAUUUGGACAGAACCAGAACUUUUUCAGAGAUAGGGAAGGAGGAUAGGAAAGGAAAAUAAGAAAGGAGAAUAGGGAAGGAGGAUAGAAAAAGAGCAUAGGGAAGGAGGAUAGGUAAGGAAGAUAGGGAAGGGGGAUAGGGAAAGAAGAUAGGGAAGGAGGAUAGGAAAGGUUGGAGAUGAGGUGAUGUCCCAGCUGUGUUUGAUGGCGACAGUUUUGAUUGAUUGAUUGAAGUUUAUUUCAAAUAUGCAAACCUAAGUAUAAAAAAUAAAACAAGAAAAGUAAGGCAAAACAUUUAAACAUUAAACGUAGAAAUACAGAUUGGAAAAGGAGUGAGGAGAAGAAGAAUAACUUAUGAACUCCCACCCCUUCCCUUUAAAUAAAAAGUGGCCACACCAAGCUUCCUUGCAACCUGUUUAGAUGUACCUGAUAAUUAUGAUAAAGUACAUUCAUGACAUUGUAUUUUAAAACAAAAUCUACAUCCACUUAAUACAGCACACACAUGAAAACAACAAAACCAAAUAAAACAAGAAAGAUACAAAAACCAACACUUAAUGCCCCCCAAAACCUUCCUCAUCCCUGUACCUCUUCAAAAUAGUGUCUUUAGACCUCAUUUUAAACUGUGUAAACAUGUUUGAACAUUCUGCUUUAACUCUAUAGAAAACCUGUUCCAUAGUCUCACCGCACUCACUCAAACACAAAAACCCUUCCUCUUUGUCCGAAUUAAAGUUAUAUUAAAGUGAAUUUUUCCCCUUAAAUUGUAACUUCCUUCACGCAUACUGAAUAAUUUCUGUAUAUUGAUUGGAAGAUGAUUAUUAUUAGCUUUGAACAUUAUUUGAGCUGUUUGAUAUUCCACAAUGUCUGUGAAUUUUAACAACUCAGAAAACUGCAGAAAUAAGAAGUGUGUGUGUUCCUGAUAGCCGACAUUGUGUAUAAGUAUUGCUCUUUUUUAAAGAUGGUUGGUGACUGUAGUGAUGUUUUAUAGUUGUUGCCCCAAACCUCAGCACAGAAUGGAAGUAUGGUGAGAUUAGAGAACAGUAAAGAGAAUGAAGUGAUUUCUGAUCCAAGACCAUUUUUUGCUUUGUUUAUUAUUGCAAUGCUUCUUAAGACUUUGAUUUGUACGGUGUUUUUACAUCAGUGCUUGGGCUGGGCGAUAAAACGAUAACAGUAUAUAUCGAAAAUAAAUUUCCCUCAAUAUCAAUAUAAAACAUGGUCAGUAUGCUUUUCAAUAGUCGUCAUUCUGUCAUGUUUUGGUAGACUAUACGAAUAGCCAAUGAAAAGGGGAGUUGCUCCGGGUCUGCUUCUGGCUGAACCAAUCAUAUGCUGAAUUAGAACCAAGUAUUAAACAACUGCGUCGUAGCAGACGGCAGCUACACACAACCAUGUCACUUUAACAGGUGAAGCCGACAGCACCGUUGGUGAGAAAAAGAGAAAAUGAGUGCACCCCCCGACAGAAAUGACGAUGAAGGCUCAACAGAUGACGACAUCGUCGACAACACUGGCACGAAAACGUCGGUGGUGUGGAGGUAUUUUGGUUAGUUGAGGUCGGACAUGAAGCAGAGUAAUGUGUACGGUAAAAUAUGUCGAAUACAUGUUCUCACAAAGUCGGGGAAUACCUCAAAUCUUUUUCACCACCUGAAGCAGCACCACGCCACAGAGCACACGCAACGUAAAAGGUUACAAACCCUGAGAGGAGCAAGGAGCCCAUGGCGCCUGUGCAGCCAGAACAGAUGACCAUUCAGUCUGCUUUCUCUAGAGCAACGCCUUAUGACAAAAUGUCAAAGAGACACAAAGACCUCACAGAUGCAGGAGAUUAUUAGAAAAGACAUGCGACCAAUAAACACUGUUAAAUUUCAUUUUUUUUAAGUCAUAAUAUAUAGCGUUAUCGACUGAUAUUAAAAAAUAUAUUGUGAUAAACUUUUUACCAUAUUGCCCAGCCCUAAUCAGCACUCAAACCACUGAACUGUGUUUGGUUUAAGACGUUGUCUGUACAAAAACAUGGUCCAUCAGUGCAGCCGCUGAUACACGUACAUCACUCACACAGGUGACAGAGACCCGGUGUUAAAAGAGUGUUGUGUGUGUGUGUGUGUGUGUGUGUGUGCGUGUGCACUCAGGUCUGACAGACUGGGAGGACGAUGAGAUCUUGGCCUCGGUGCUCGCCGUCUCUCAGCAGGAGUAUCUGGACAGCAUGAAGCACCAGAGCACCGCCGCCAUGCACCGAGAGAGGGAGCCGUCGCCCGACAGCAGCUGAUAGCCGGCUUGCACAUAUACAUUUACACACGCACACACACACGCACACACAAUGACCUUUGACCUCCUCUCCUGCCCCACCCUACACUCCUGAAUCCCUUGCCCUUAGCCCCGUCCCCUCUGACCCUCAGAAGGAGACCGACCAGGGAAAAAAUAAACAGAAGAAGAAAUGGACAUUAGUUUUUUCUCCUCAUUCAUUUGCUCUUCAUCUCUCCAUUCUGUCGUCUCCUCCUUCCUUCCUUCCUUCCUUCCUUCCUUUCUUCCUUCCCUGUCUCCUUCCAGCCUUUCCUUCCUCCCUCCUUGACCCCUCAUGGUCCAGCAUUAACAGAAAACUCAUUUUACUUUCUGGUCCCUGCCGGCGUCGUGGGAUCAGUCCAGACUUUCACUUCCUGACAUCGAACCUUCAGCAGUCCUCGCUCUUCGGUCCAAACCGGUUCUUCUUCAGGUGGUCCUCGUGUUCCGCGGUGUUAGCUUUGAGGCUAGUUCAGAUCAGAGAGGCUAACCAGCGCUAAAACAUGGUUGACAGUGUAUCUUGGCAUCUUUUAGGCUAUGUUAGCGUGUUCUUUAGCUCUGAGCUAACACCUGAAGUCUUACUUUGUUCAAAGCUAGUCCCUCUAACUACGCUAAUUAGCUGUGUCGCUGUUAGCUUAGCGCUGGUAUUCUCUGUAGCUGGUUUCGGCAGCUGUUCAUGUCGGGAAUGCUAAUCAGUUAGCAAGCUAGCACCUGAAGUCUUACAUUAUUUCCAAGCUCGCUCCUGUGGUUUCCAGGUCCAUCGCUAACAAGUUACGUUGCUGUUAGCUUAGCCACCAAUAGUAAUAUGAUAAUCGUCUGCCGGCAGCCAUUUUGUUGUGGGAGUCAGGCAGGAGAAGACGGCCAUUUUAAAGGUACUGUAUACGUGUUUCUGUGGCACUCAGUUAGCCUGUUAGCGUCACCUGGAGUCUUGGUCACUGCUAACGACGCUAACAAACCGCUAACCGCUAAAUCAUGUCCUCAUUUCCUCUGAACUCACCAUCUCUCUUUUGUCCUUCUACAAAAUGGCGGCCGGCAGCGUCCUCACCCUCCUGCUUUCCCUCCCUCCUCCUCCUCCUCCUCCUCCUCUUCUUCAUCACCUCCUUCAUCUUCAUCAUCAUCGUCAUCAUCUGACUUAUUUAGCUGCAUGUUUAAUUGACCACGACCAAUAUCAUCAUAGAGAAAAGCCACAAAUAAAAAAGGAGAAAAACUGCGAAUUGUCAUACUUAUCCUCUUAAUGAUUGAUUAUUGUUGUUAUUAUUAAUAUUAUAAGUUUGUUUUAUUUUAUUUUCUUGUUUGGGAUGAAAAGAUCUUUUUUUUCUUGGAAUAAAAAGAGGAAAAUGUUUCUGAAAAAUA